AAAUCAUAUUUUCUCUUUAUUUAAUUCUUCUACAUAAUAAUUAGUUAAGAAUAAAAAAAAAAUAGAAAUGGAGGAAGAAUACACAGUAGUUGAUACCUCAAAGCUUCUGCAAGCAGCUACUGAUUUCUCUUAUGAUCCUGGCACUCGAUCAGAAGCUGCUGUGAAACAAUUUCUCACUUCUUUUCCACUUCCUGUUAUCAUCAAUGCUUUGCAAACAAAAAGUGAUGUGCCUGGUCUGGAGAAUGCGUUGAUCGAUUGUCUAGAGAAGAUUUUUAAGACUAAAUAUGGGGCUUCUCUCAUCCCGCAUUUCAUGUCUUUCAUUGUGGUUGGCCUGCAAGCAUAUUCACAGAGAGUCAGAACUUUGUCGUGUAAAACGAUCUCAAGCCUAUUGGAGAACCUUGAAGACAACACUGGUUUAGCUACUUCCCUGGUCAAAGAAUAUGGCGUGUAUCCGCUUUUGCUUAAUUGCCUCAUUGACGGUGAUGAACAAGUGGCUGUUGCUGCAACAGAGGCAAUCAAGACUUUAGCCACCUCUAAACAGGGAAUAGAAAUCAUAUUUCCAGCUACUUCGAGUGAAACUACGGAUAUCACAAAUGUAGCAGCAAGAUGUUCAUCAUUGGGACGAGUACGAGUUUUGGCAUUGAUAGUGAAGCUGUUUUCUACUUCAAGUGCUGCUGCAACAUUAGUUUACAACUCAAAUCUCCUUGGUCUCUUGGAGGCAGAAGUUCGCAAUGUUAAUGACACGCUUAUAACCUUGAGUGUUUUGGAGCUCCUUUAUGAGUUGACUGAGGUCCAGCAUGGAAUGGAAUACGUAGUACAGACCAAUAUUUUACAGUUGCUUAUAUCCAUAAUCAGAAAUUCUUCUGCUGAAUCGAUGUUGAGAUCAAGGGCCAUGAUGAUAAGUGGGCGGCUUUUAUCCAAAGAGAAUAUUAUAACUUUCAUAGGCGAAUCCGGUGUUAAGGAUGUGAUUUCAGCCAUUAAUGAAAGGCUUUCAACCCUUGAUAAUGAAGAUGCAGAUGAAUGCGAAUGUGCUCUUGAAGCAUUGGGUCACAUAGGGUUAUCAAGCCAGGGAGCUAUCUUGCUGCUGUCAAACGCAUCUGCUUCUAGACAUGUUAAUAACACUGCCUUUGACCUCCAUGCACGUGGCAGACAACUGGCUGCAUUGCAUUCUUUAGGGAACAUUGUGGGAGAAACUCGGCCUGAAAACAACAAACUGUUGAAUAAUGAUGCUGAAGAAAGACUUCGUAGAUUAAUUUAUGAAACCGCAUCCAACACUUCAAAGCUCGUACCAUCGGGUCUUGUUCUUGCAAUUCUUAAACUUGAGUAUGAAUUUCGUAUUGCGGGCUACAGGUUGAUAACAGGAUUGGCUGCUAGACCAUGGUUUCUGGUGGAGAUCUGCUCAAGACAAGAGAUAAUAAAUAAGCUGAUUGAUCCAUUUACAGAAACUUCUAAGAUAGGUAUGGAAGCAAGAUACAAGUGUUGUGAGGCAAUCUAUAAGGCUCUUGCUUCAUCACCUAACUUUCUGAGUGAUCCAGCUUUGUCUGGGACAGCUGAACAGCUACUGGAAGCUAUCAAAAAGGGUCCUUAUCUUGCAAAAGGACGACAACGUGAAGCCCAACCUGAAGUAGCUACUGCUGACAGAUUUUAGGCGUCUCUUUAUAAUAAACUGGCCGCAUGCAUGAAUCACACUGUUGUGUGAUUAGCAUGUACAAAUCUACAUGGAUAUUUACACCUUUUCUGUAGAACAAGUAGUGCUUCAAUGAACAAUUGUAGUCUGCUACCUUGUUUACAUUUCAAGUAGUUUUAGCUAUGUAAAGAAUUGGAAUCUCUUUGUUAUAUCGCGUAGUGAGUGGCAUGGUAGAGAUCUAGGCCUAUACAUGAUCACACUAGCCUCCAUUAUCUGUUUCGUUUUAAUUCAGUUUUCCCCCUGGUUUAAAA